AAAAAAAAAAAUUGCAAUCCAAAAGGUUAUUUUUUUCUUCCAUAUUUCUGCUAAUUUUUUCCUCUUGCUUGCUUGCAGCAGCCACUAUUACAAGGAUGUGGCAUGUUGGAAGAAAGAUUACGGGAGUAGUUGUGGUAUUUUUUAUGUAGAUGAUUUUUAACCCUUGGAUCUAUUUUUAUUUAUACUUAAUCCAAGGGUUGAAAUUUUACAACUGGAGCAGCUUACUCACAGCAGCCCCCGGACCCAAAAAUUCCUAGUAUUGACAAAAUCAUUUGUUAGACUCGACGAACAAAACAACUACUGGAUGCCAGUUGGUGAUUCCACUGUGUCCUAUCAACAACUAAUAUUUGUUUGUUCAAUUUACAAUAAUUAUUUAUAUAACAAUCUGUCCGGCCGCCGAGAUUCUCCAUGGCCGGCGGUUCCUGCAUAAACGACAGACUGGGUGACGACGAACUUCGGGCCGUUCUAUUCAAGCUGGAGCUCGAGAAGGACAAGGAGGUGUUUGGCCUCGUCUGCAAGCGGUGGCUUCACCUCCAGAGCACGGAGAGAAGGAUGCUCCGCGCUCGGGCCGGGCCUCACAUGCUCAAGCGCUUGGCCGCUCGAUUUACGCGCCUCCGCGAGCUCGACCUAUCUCAGUCUGCCUCACGAUCAUUCUUUCCCGGCGUCACCGACUCAGAUCUGACCGUAAUUGCUGCCGCCUUCUCCUCCUUGAGAGUUCUGAAUUUGCACAACUGCAAAGGUAUAACAGAUAAAGGGAUGGAUGCAAUUGGAUGUGGGCUUCCUUUGUUGGAGUCUCUGGAUAUAUCCGAGUGCAGAAAGGUGGGUGAUAAGGGUUUGUCAUCCGUUGCAAACGGGUCUCGUAAUCUGAGAUCAAUCCGUGCUGCAGGUUGCAGACUCGUCACAGACGCUCUCCUUAAAGCACUGUCCAUGAGUUGCACUCAUCUUCAAGAACUGGAUUUGGCAAAGUGCUCCAAUUUAAGCGACUCGGGUCUCGCCCUUCUUGUCGAAGGCUGCAAGAGAUUGAGACACUUGAACCUCAACAAAUGCACUAACAUUGGAGAUUUCGGUAUAUGCAAGGUGGCCGAAGCCUGUAACUCGUGGCUAUCGACUCUCGAGCUGCUCGAUUGCUUCAGGAUUGGAGAUGAGUCGAUACACGCCAUAGCGAAAUAUUGCAACAAUCUUGAGACACUAGUGGUGGGUGGGUGUCGGGACGUGAGCAAUGAGGCCGUAAAGACUUUGGCGUUUGCGGCGUGUCAAACGAGUCUGAAGAGUCUGCGAAUGGACUGGUGCCCGAACGUUUCGGACGAGUCAUUGGACGGCGUGCUGGCUCUCUGCACCAAACUUGAGGUCCUUGACGUUGGGUGCUGUGAGCAAGUGACAGAUGGUGCCUUUCGGAGUUUACAAAGUAAUGGCCGCGAGUCGACUAGUAGUUUGAAAAUUCUAAGGGUGAGCAACUGUCCGAAGAUCACGGUGCAUGGGAUCGCCACUAUUUUUGAGUCGUGCGCGGGUUUGGAGUAUGUCGAUGUGAGAUCGUGUCCCCUUGUAACUGAGGCUAGGUGUCGUGAGGCUGGGCUCAAGUUCUCGGAAGGUUGCAAGGUGAAUUUCACUGGGAGCUUAGCGGCAGAUCCAGAUGUGUUACGCUAAGAAAGAACUUUAUAUGAAGACCUAAUAUUGGCAUGCGGUAUUCCUGGAGUCCCGUCCUUUGUCAUGUAUAUUCACUUCACCCAGCAAUCUGUGUUUCGUCCGUCAUUCAUGUAUAUAAGGCAGUGAUUUCUGCCCCAUAUUCUGUUGCCAUUUUCAUUCACUAGUAAAGUGCACGUGCAUCGCACGUGGCGCCGAAUGUUUUUUUUGCCGAUUAAGUUUAGUAAAAUAAAUUAAUUAAUUUAUUAAACAUAUCAUUGCAGGAACAAAAUAAAAUAUAG